GAGGAUUAAUUUACCAUUAAUUUUCAUCAAAAUGAUCACAAAAACUAAGUAUUCCUGCACACACACCGAGUUACAUGCAAGAAAUAUUGACUUUGUUAGAGUGAACUUUUGCGGGAGACUGGCUUACUUGAAUAAACAGACCUUUGUUCUAGUCCGUCGCUAUUCAGAGUGAUAUGUCAACCUUAUAAAAUAACAAUAAAUAAAAGGGAGAGGUAUAUURGCUUUCACUGUUACCAAGACAACCRCAAACCAUACUUAGCCCUGCUCCGCCCCCAUUCCAUGGGUUUUGCUCAUUGACUGAUUUGAUCAACUGUUCCAAAUAUGACUAUAUUUAACGGGUCGAAGAACAAGGAAUUURCUAAGGAGACUUGACGUUAUCGAGACCAUCUGGAUUGCUGCUCGUCAGUCUUGCUCUCAUCUAUAUAAACAUUUCACGGCAUUAGAGUUUGAGGUAGUUUGAAGAAUUCGUGAGUGGUUAGUUAGAGCUGUUGGUGGUCGGCUAGUUCGUGUUGUUACUCUUCUCUUUACACUUCGGAUUAACGGAACAGUUUGCAAGUCCAAGAAAUAAUUUUUUAUUCCAAGUUUGGGUGACAGAUUGUGUUCSAAAUGUCAGGAAAGCGAUCAGGCAGAUGUUUCGAUAUGAAUUUUGAAAACUUUUACCCAGAUAACAGUGGUCCUGACGCGGUGCCUGAUGUGACGACUAGUUUAGUCACUGAGGACACCAAUAACAAUCACAAUCCAAACGAUGAUCAGAUCAACGACAAAGAUGAUGCCUCUCUGUCCGAUGACUCGUUCAAUGAUGACAAUCUCAGUACCAAGUGGACUUUUCAAAUUCCCGAAACACCAGACCGCAGACGAAGUACAAUCACGAAGCCUCAAGUACCUCUGGACCCUAUAGCRAUCCAGCUCUAUGACUUUCACGAAAACCGUGCGAGAGUGAGCCUGGAGCGUAAAGAAAUUUGUGAGGAGAUUGCAUACAAUGCUGUUCAYAAAUGCCUGCGCAAAAUUGAAGCAGUGGACAAUCGUUUUCGUGCAAACAGUUUGGUAUCACAAGGAAUACCUUUCGAUGGACUUCAGGCCGAAGAACCUAUCAGAAUGGAUAUGUUGGUUCAGUUAUCAUUUGGACCAACCACUGCUUUGUACAUAGCACGAGACCCUGGGACUGGUGGAGUACGGAUUCAACCGACUUCCACGAGUGUCAAAGUGUGGGAUGAUUGUCAAACAAAUAACGGCUUUAUCUUAGCAUCGAAAGUCAACUCGCUACUUCGCAAGUACAUCAAGAAAGCAGUCGCCAUGUUAAACAUACACAUUAAAGAAGGKAAACGAGACAAACUUCCUAAAGGCCUCACAAGCAUCCAACUAGAACCAGGUCCUGUUAUYAAACUAACUGUUAAUCGAGACAUCUCAAUCGAUGUCUUGCCUGCGUUUGUCAAUUCUGACUAUCGCAAGUUUUCAUGGCGAAAGAAUUGUCCUUCUUCAUCUCAUAUCGUCUGCAAGGCACACCAUGUAAAUGAACUCAUGUGGACAAUGUCCUUCUAUGUUGGUGAGAAAAACAAAUUGCGCGCUAUCGGGACUACAGGAUGUCGUAUGCAGCUACUGAGAAUCUUAACCGAGAUACGAGACACCGAGGACGAGCUGAAGCCCUUGUCUUCCUUUCAUCUUAUGCAUCUUCUCUUUCACGAAUCGGAUGCAAUUCCAGAUCCCAAUGAAUGGGCGACGGACAAAAUAACGGCGCGCUUUUUCGGUCUUCUCGAUAAUCUGAAACGAUGUCUCAAGGAUGGUGAGCUGAAGCACUACUUCAUGCAGCCUCCCGAYUACGAGUCUGUCAAUUUGUUUGCAAACUUUGACGGUAAAACACUAUCUGACAUGUAUGACAUCGURGAAGAYAUACAACAAACACAAGGAAUGAGCGUGUURAAGCAACAAGGACUUGAACGACGACAGUCAUUAUGGCCAUGGGAAUAUGACUUUAUGAUUCCUGCAGAGAUCACCCCGACAAGAAAAUAGACUUUAUCUUAUACAUUCAGUUACAAUAAGGUAGAACUAUGAGGCUCAUUCUCUUUUGGUUACAAUUAUUGAAUCGAASUUGAUCAUCGGAGAUCCACAUGAGCACACUGGCAGGACUGAAAAUCUAGAUGAACGCUCUGGCACCAAUUAAAACUCUUAGAAAUAAGUUGCUUUGAAAUUCUUASAAUUUCUCUGAUAAGAAAUUUUUAUUGUUUUAAUUUAAAAGAAAAUAGUAUUAGCACRUAACAGAAAUAAAAUCACGAUGAUGUAAAUCAUAUAAUGAUCCUGAUAGAAAUUGUUAAAUAAAAUAUUAAAAUAUAGGUGGAAAAUAAAUUUUGUUGUCGUCAAUUUCAGCAAAUUGAAAUUGUGGUAUAAUUCAACAAAUGAGGCGGGCUAGUUACUCAACCUAAGGUGACCAAAACUCAACCCUCAAGUCCGAGAGCUCAGUCUAAAGACAAAAUAUCGUUACUUAAUUUACGAAGGUUGGGUUUUCGCAACGUAAAGUGAUUCGACACCACGAUAAUAUCACAAAAUUGCAUAAAAUGCAACCCGACUAUAUUUCUUUAUAUGUUGGUAACGGAAACUGACUUCAUCACUUUGUAAAUAAUGGUGAUCGAUCUGAUAAAACUGUGAAAUUAUUAGAGUAUUGUUGUACGAAGAAUAAACGCACUAAAGUUUAUCAA